AUGAAUAUUGAUACUAACAAAGAUCAAGGUCCAGAGACAGCUGAAGCUAGCACAAGUCAAAACCACACCACAGGCACGCCUCUAAAAGAUGUACCUACGCCAUUUAAACAAUGUUUGUUCUGGCCAGUAAAAAAACCCACCAAAAAAUUAAAGCGUACUACGAAAGAGAAGGUGCCUUCAGUUGCGUCAUCAACACAAUGGCAAGAAUAUUACAAAAAAAAACAAGAAGAAAAAGAUCAAAAAGAACGGGAAAAAGAAGAGAGAAAACGCAAAAGAGAAGAAAAUAAAGAGAAUAAAAAACUCAAAAAGAAAAAACGUCCAUCCACUGGUCCCAAAAGAAGAGUUUUAGAUGAUACAUCUUCUUCAGAUUCGUCAGUAGAAGUAGAAGUUCAAUCUGAGGAAGAAACCUAUUUUCAAAUAAAUGAACUUUCACCAAAGUGUGAUAGCAAGGAUUUGAACAUCGGCGAUUAUGUUAUUGUCAUUUAUGAAGGAGAAUUUUUUCCAGGUCUGAUACAGAAAAUAAAUAGCACCAGUGCAUUUGUUAAAGUUAUGGUAAAAAGUAAUAUUAAUACUUGGAAAUGGCCAGUUAAGGAUGACAUUUUGUGGUACGAAUUUAAGGAUAUUAAAGAAAAAAUUGAAGAGCCAAUGCCAACAAAUACCCGCGGCAUGUUUCGAGUGGCGGAAUUACUAAAAUAUAGUGUGUAUUUUUAA